CCUGCCAAGCAUGGAGGUAUUCCCGUCGCCCCUGGAGUCCGCCAAGUUCAUAGCCGAGCACAGCAAAGAUGUCUCCGUGGACGAGGAGGGGGUGCGGCGCGUGGCGGAGAGCCUGUUCGACAAAGCCUCGGCGGCGGACUUCGGGUUGGCGGGGUGGAAGAGCCUCCACGAGCUGAACCCGCGGACCGCCGACAAGGAGGCUGUAGAUUGGGUGUUCCUGGUGGACACCCUCAACUUCUCCUUCUGGUCCGAGCAGGAGGAGCGCAAGUACCUUGUGAAGUACAAGGAUAAAACCUACAGCGGCUACUGGUCGCUGUGCGCCGCCGUCAACAGAGCCCUGGACGACGGAAUACCUAUCACCAGUGCAUCCUAUUUUGCCACCAUGACGCUUGACCAAGUUAGGCACGUAUUUCGCUCUGACACAGAAGUGCCUUUGCCUUUGAUUGAAGAAAGACAUCGGGUGCUGAACGAAAGUGGAAUAGUUCUGUUAGAGAAGUUUGGAGGGUCUUUCCUCACCUGUGUUAAAAUGAGUGAGAAAAGUGCUCAGAAAUUGCUACGUCUUGUACUGGAGAAUUUUCCUUCUUACAGAGAUGAAGCUAUGUUUGAGAAAAAGAAGGUGUCUUUCUACAAACGGGCACAAAUACUUGUGGCUGACACAUGGAGUGUUUUAGAAGGCAAAGGAGACGGCUCUUUUGAUGAUAUUUCCAGUCUGACAAUAUUUGCUGACUACAGAAUUCCACAAGUUCUUGUUCACUUAAAAGCAAUGAAGUAUUCUGAAGAAUUAAUGAAGAAACUACGUGAAGGAACACUUUUCCAGUCUGGAGACAAAGAAGAGAUAGAGAUCCGUGGCUGUUCUAUUUGGUGUUGUGCAUUGAUUUGUAAGCACCUGCAGGAGCUCUAUCAGAAGAAGGGUCAGGACAUGCAUGAAAAGAUCAAUGCGGUUUUACUGGAUUAUUAUCUUUGGGACUAUGCCCGGGAUCAUAGGGAAGACAUGAAAGAUAUCCCAUUCCACCGAGUACGGUGUAUAUAUUACUAAGUCCAGUCUGAUAGCUCUUUUAUUGUUGCCUUAUCUU